UGGUAGGGCUAGCUAGGUCUAGAUAUUUCUUAGUCUGCAGAGAACUAAAUAUAUUACAAUUUAUGAAGCAGGUAGUCAAAGGCUUGAAUUACCUUGAAGUAUCAAAUGAUGGUACUGACGUAGUCUUCCUCAUUGUAUCCAGAAGAUCCUUGAAGCACAAACAACAAGAUGAAGCGUUCUAUUGAUGAGAUAUCCAGCAAAAAUAAACCUGUUACCAACGAUUUGAAAUCACAACACAAUUUUAAGCAAUUAGACACUAGUACGUCAGGAGGUAGUAAAAACCGGGAACUUGAAAGUAGAUCUGAACCAUCAAAUGAAAGUAAUCCUGGGAAAAGUGAAUGUGCCGAAAAUAUGUUAUCGUCAGAUAUUCUUCAAAUCCAACCAAUUUCUAGAUUUAAUGGGAAAUUCCCUUUUUUCCGUCAGCCAAUGGAAGUUGGUUGUUUUUCCUUGGAUAGAGACCGUAAGCUGUACUUGGAUACACGUAUGCUGAAGUAUCUAUAUGAUACAAGGGAAAUAAGUGUCCGGUUUGAUUUGCAACAUGGAUUUGAUGUUUUUGAGAAGCGUGACGACGAUGUAAAAGAAAGACUGAAUAACUUAAUGCAAUGGAUUCUGGGAAUGAAGAAGCAUUUUCAGUUGGAUCCCAAGGAAGUAGAUGAAAAUGGAUCUCCUAAGCUGCGAAGUUUGAAUACAGAUUUUAUUGCUUGGAGAGGACAUAUAACCAAAAUAUUAUGUACACCGUAUGAGCAACGAGAGGGCUGGAUGAUGGCUGUUACACUUUUUCACGGCACAUAUUAUAUCAGCGAGGUUGAAACGAAAGAGAAUGAAGCACGGAGGAAGAACAUGUCAGAUAGGGAGAAAGAAAUGACGUACUGGGGGUACAAGUUUGAGCAGUAUAUGACAAGUGUGGAUGGUCGGCAAGAACCAAACACUAAUGUUCCAGUAAACAACUCUGAGGCUUAUUGUAGUGUUAUCCGCACUCGUUUGAAUAAACAUUCGUUGAUAUACAGUGGAGAGGUCGACUGCUGUGUCAAUGACCCUAACCUGCGACCUCCAGCAAAUUACAUCGAAUUAAAAACAAACAGAAUUCUCUAUGCACCAAACAAUAAAAGGAACUUUCAUAGGUAUAAACUAUUAAAAUGGUGGGCACAAUCUUUUCUAAUUGGUAUUCCAACGGUUAUUGGUGGUUUUCGUGAUGAUGAGGGCAACGUGCUUCAGUUGGAGAGAUUCAGCACAUUCAGAAUGCCUGAGAUUGCUAGACAGGAGAGGAGUUGGAGUGCCUCGGUGUGUGUGAAUUUCUGCGAUUAUUUUUUGAACUAUGUGAAAUCCCAAGUAACAAGGGAUGACCCAAGGGUGGUUUACUUGUUUGAACGCAAGCCUGGUAGCGACGAGAUAACUUACACCAUUGAAGAAGACCCAGUGCAUCACUUUAUGCCAGAGUGGUACAUCAAAUGCUUUACACAGUAACGUAAUGUAAGGAGGUAAUUUACUAUAUUGAGGAAGAACCUGUUCAUAAGUUUAUCCCAGAUUGGUAAUUUAAAUGCUUCACACAGUAACAUAAGCUUGGGAGUAAUGGCCCUGUCACAUCAUGACGAUUUAGUCAGCGUAUACCGACGUAUCAAAAAUUUCUCUAAAAUGCUGGCAUACGCUGUUUUUUUUUAAAAUUUUGGGUGCAUACUGUAUAUAGCGUAUUUAUUACGCUAUAUAUGCCAUAACAGUUUAUUCACUAGUAAUACACUAAACUUGUAUACUUGAUAGUGAAAAAGAUAACUUUGCAUCUCAUAUACAUUAUUUAAUAGUGCAUCACAACAUGGUGUUGAUCAAUUUCACUUUCCAUAGUUCAUACAAACCUGGAAGUGAGGAGAUAAAUGUGUAUUCCAUGUAAGAUUGGGAUUCAGCCUUAUAACCAGUGUUGGGCUCCAGAAACCAGCUGACAGGGAUCUAAACAAGUUCCAUAGGGAUCUGAACCAAGGGCCACUUUUCUCAAAUUUAAACAAAUAUUUCUAGUCAUCGAAUCACAAAUGAACGAUAUAUUUGUAUAGAGUACUACAGUGUUACGUCACGAUACCGCGUGAUACUACUCUGUUGCUAUUGGCGACACAAAAUGCGUUCAACAGACACCAUUUUCUCCACUGACAAACCAUUGAUCCUAAUUUCUAACG